ACCCUGCGUCUUUCAGAAUGUGAUGAUCGCCUUUUGAGGUGCCUGAUUGCGGUUGAUGGGAGACCCAGUGGGGGAGCUGGUUGACCUGCAGACCAGGGCUAGGGCAAAUGAAGCGGGUCACAUAAAGGAAAUUGGUAAAGGAAAAGAUAGAAACAAAGGGGAAAGUGGGGAGAGUGAGGGAUAUGUGGUAAAGGCAAGGAAUGGUGAAGAUAUGAUCGAAAGAUGGCGAGAGAUGGGAAAAGAUAAUAAAGGAAUCACCGGGUAGACACGGUCAAAUAUUUGCGAUACCGUCUCCGGGAACGGGAUGCGCAAUCUGUGCGGGCAUUAGU